AUGAAUCCCCGUGUCGGAGUAUUCCCUGCCGUGCUUGACCGUGAUACUGUAGACUCAGGCAUUAUCGCUUCUUCGAUAGCACAGUCGGAUUUCGUCGAUCGCUUCGGCCAUGGCACCUUAUCAGACAAUACUGCGGGUGGAAUCGUGUCAUCCUUUACUGGAGGAGCCAUCAUUGGAUCCCUGUUCCUCAACCUCUUGUCUGAUCGAUAUGGCCGCCGUGCUGCCAUCUGUUUUGGCUCCUCUCUUGCCUGCCUGGGCGGCGCUUUGCAAGGCGGAGCGAACAGCGUUGCUACGGUCAUUGUCGGGCGAGUAACUGCCGGCAUCGCCGUUGGCUUACUUUCCGCUACUAUACCGAACUAUUGUUCCGAGGUCGCUCCUCCCAGGAUCCGGGGCAUGCUGGCUGGAUUACAACAAUGGAAUAUCGGCCUCGGUUUUGUCUGCGCCCAGUGGAUCGGCUAUGGUAGCUCUUUGGUUGAGGGUCCAUUCAGUUGGAGGUUUCCUCUCUCGAUCCAGGUUCUCCCGUCACUCGUACUCACCAUUGGGGUAUGGCUCCUGCCCGAAAGUCCGAGAUAUCUCGCAGAACGUGGACAGACAGAUCAGACACUUGCCGUGUUGAGAAGGCUACAUGACGACGAAGAGCUCAUUGAGACUGAGUACGUGCGAAUUGAACAGAACCUCCAAGCUGAGCGACAUUCUCGCCUGGGUUGGUUGAACAUGCUCCAACAUCCUUCACUUCGACGGCGAGUGCUCCUUGCUUGUGGGAUUCAACUUUUCACGCAAACAUCCGGCAUCAACGUUAUCAACUACUACGGACCAAGGAUCUAUGCCCUCUUGAAUUUCAGCCCUACUAAGAGUCUUCUUAUCAUCGGCAUUUACGGCGCGCUCGCACAGGUCUACAACACCAUCUGUCUGGCUUUCGUGGAUCGGGUGGGCCGGCGCAAGCUCCUGAUCCCGUCAAUGAUAGGCAUGGGAGCUGCCUUGUGUGUGAAUGCCACUCUGGCGCAUUUCUACAUCGACGGAAAUCACCAGAGUGGUGGCCGGAUGGAAAAUGCGCUGAGAGCCUGUGUGGCCAUGAAUUUCGUCUUCUCGAUCUUCUUCACCAGUCUAGGUUGCAUCAGUUGGAUCUUGUGCAGCGAGCUGUUCCCAACGGCAAUCCGAGCCAAAGGCACAUCGUUAUCAACAUUCACAAACUGGUCGACUAACCUCAUCGUCGCACAGUGCUCGCCAAUUGCACUUUCGAGGAUGGGAUACCAAUAUUUCUAUGUAUUCACCGCCUUCAACUGGGUUGCGACUGUGGUGGUGUACCUGUUUUACCCAGAGACCCAGGGACACAGUCUAGAAACGAUGAAUGAACUGUUCGGUGAUUUGCAGAUGCGCCCUUCUACGGUGUACUCCAGCGAAAAUGUCCAGGUUCACACUAUAUAUUCAGUGAAACGCAUGAUUGGAAAGGGCUCUGGGUCAGGAAAUAUAGGACCAGGCGCUGCUACAAUGCUGCAUGGCCCGUCGCCCGUUCAUGGGGAGGCAGCUUCUCAAUGCCGGCAGAUUGAAUCAGCUUGA